UUGCGAAUGAUGUAUUUAGGGCUAAUAGAGCGCGCGAGCUACGAAAUGGAAAGAAAUGACAGCUGUCUAUGUUUCGCUCAAAUAGCGGUUUUCUCUUUUAUUUUUAAUCAUUCCAUAACUUCGAGUGAUUUUCGUCUGCAGCUGUGCUACUAGUAAUUUCAAGACCUUAAAUGGAGCCUGACCUAAAGCAAAACUCAUUUGUGUCUGAGCAGCAGUUCAAUCAUUUUAUUGGUCAAUCAAGCCUUGCAGAGUACUUUCAGAACUUCAUCUCUAGGGAAACUAUUGAGCUUGGUGAUGUAAAAUGUAGCAGAGAGAAGUUCACUGACGGUCCUAAUACUGGAUAUUGUACUUACCCUCGAUUCUCCUCACUAAGCAUUGAAGACCAUAAAAUGAUUCUGGAGGAGUACAAAAACGUAGUGAAAGGCAUCGACGUGGAACCUGGUCAAAUGGUUGCACAGGGAUUAAAGAGCCAAGUUCUAUCAGAGCAGCAGGAGUUCCAGCACUUUGUUUUUCUCAAGGCAAGAGAUAAUGUGGAACAUUACAACUACAUUCACCCUGAAGCAAGACAGCUCUUGCAGGAAAAUAAAGCCUGCACAAGAGCACAGUGUUACCCGCAAUUCUACUUGCUUCAGAAGACAAUUGGUGUCACGGUCGGAGCGCAGUUCCAGACCGACCCAGCACUUGAGUUUGUCAAGAACUUGCUUCAAGUUGGACGAAUCCCACAUAUUGCCCUUCCAGAAGCUAGGAUCAAGCUGGACCAAACAAGACCAACGAGUAAAACACAGAGCUCGAGCCGCCUUAGCGAUGACCCUAACAUUAUCCGCUUGGCAAAGGAGCACCAAGUGGACAUUGUCACGUGCUCCAGUGCAAUUGAGACCCUGAUAGACAAUCAGACACCGGACUACCGUGAGGAAUGGGACAUACCUAUUCAUGUCAGGGACUUGCAAGAAAAUAGCAGCAAAACCGUUUUCAUUGAAAAGCCUUUCCCGGGCAAACAAUGCACGCCUCUGCAUCUGAACGAGGAACUCUACAAACGAUGCUUGAGACAAAUGCUUCAUGUCGACGCAAACGCUUCAAGCUCUGCUAAAACAUCCUCCCCGGAUAAAGAGUCAUAUGCGCUCGAAUCUAGAUCGUCCGUCACGAAAACAGGGUCAAGUGUCAUCGGAGCCGAAGAACCUACGACUACAGAGCCGAAUGCGCUCGAUUCUAAAUCGCUUGUCACGAAUACGGAGCCAAGUGUCAUUGGAGCCAAACCCGACACAACAAUAGAAUCAACAAAUUACGUUUAUUCGUUAUGGAAAAUAGGAAAAUUCAAUUUGCUCUUACGGUGUAGUCUAGACGCCUACAUGCAAAGAGAUAUCGGCAAUGACUUUCUUUCGUUGGCCGUGAAGCCCGAGUACCUUCCGAGUUACGGCCACGAGCGGUUCACGGCAAGUCAGACCGCGCGUAUGUGGACGAAAGUUUUCCUGAGGCCCGGGACUGCGCUACUUUGCGCACGUGUGGACGUGGAUACGAGUGAGAUCAUGCGUGUGGACAAGCUGAAACUCACCGAGAUACUUAGUGCGGGAUGCGGGUUCAACCCUGGAAUUGGCUUCAAGUUACUGUUUGGUUUGAUGAGCACGUUCAGCCAGCUAUUUGAGGGGAGUUAUCUGCUUUCUCACGCCCCUGGCGCGCUGCAUUGCUGCCUAUACAAGGGCAUUGAUAGCAGGUACGGUGUAAGUGCGCGGAAGCCUGAUGUGGACUUGCACGCGAGGGGUGCGAAGGAGUGCAGCGUGCGUCCCUUUCAGGGGCAUGACAUCCCGUGGGCUGGAAUCGAUUGUAAUCUGUUUCUUGAGGAACACAUCAGACAGCAGCGCAUUCCCGGUACCUUCCCGCCUGCCCCUGCGCGCGCUCCAUGGGAAUCUGACCAAUGGGAUAAGAGGCAGCACCCAAUGCGUGCAUCCUGGGAAUCGGACCAGAACUUCCACGGUAAUUGGAAGGUUGCUGGCCAAGGUUAUCAAGGCAAGUGGAAGAAGAAGAAGAAGAAGAAAAAGAAAAAGAAGGCAGGGAUAUCUUAUGGACAUGGGUUUGAAAAGUUCCAGUAAGGCAUGAUUCCAGAGACGUGAAGAUGAGAAUUCUUCAUUAUUAUCACAUUGAUGACUAUUCACAAUAUUUGGUUUCUCUGUUCUUUUAUGCAGCGAGUGACGUUGGUGGUGAUUUCAAUAUUUCCUUUCAAAGUAAGAAAAAUGAGCAAUAAUUUGAGAUAAAAGCAGUAGUUUAAUGACC